CUGCCUGUUAUCUCCUCUUGCAGAGUCCACAACGAUGGUGCUGUCACCAGCCAGCUCAGAAGCCCAGAUGGUGCAGUCACUGGGCUUUGCCAUUUACCGCGCGCUGGACUGGGGUCUGGAUGACAGCGAGGAGCGAGAGCUCAGCCCACAGCUGGAGCGGCUCAUCGACCUCAUGGCCAACAACGACUGUGAGGACAGCGGCUGUGGGGCUGCCGAUGAGGGCUAUGGGGGCCCAGAGGAGGAGGAGGAGGCCGAGGGCGGCCCCCGCACUGUGCGCACCUUCGCCCAGGCCAUGCGGCUGUGUGCGGCACGCCUGACCGACCCCCGGGGUGCACAGGCCCACUACCAGGCUGUGUGCCGGGCACUCUUCGUGGAGACAUUGGAGCUGCGGGCCUUCCUUGCCAGGGUCCGUGAGGCCAAGGAGAUGCUGCAGAAGCUUCGGGACGAGGAGCUGCAGGCAGAGAAGCCCCUGGCAGAACUUGACAGCCUGGGACACACAGACUGGGCCCGACUCUGGGUGCAGCUCAUGAGGGAGCUCCGCCACGGGGUGAAGCUCAAGAAGGUGCAGGAGCAGGAGUUCAACCCCUUGCCCACCGAGUUCCAGCUCACCCCCUUCGAGAUGCUGAUGCAGGACAUCCGCGCCAGGAACUACAAGCUGCGCAAGGUCAUGGUCGAUGGAGACAUCCCUCCCAGAGUGAAGAAGGAUGCCCAUGAACUCAUCCUGGACUUCAUCCGCUCCCGGCCUCCACUGAAACAGGUCUCAGAGAGAAGGCUUCGCCCCUUACCCCAAAAGCAGAGGACCCUGCACGAGAAGAUCCUGGAGGAAAUCAAGCAGGAGCGGAGGCUGCGCCCGGUGGGGGGCGAGCGCUGGGGUGGCCGGGGGUUUGGCUCUCUGCCCUGCAUCCUCAAUGCCUGUUCUGGGGACACCAAAUCCACCUCUUGCAUCAACCUGUCCAUCGUGGAUGCUGGGAACAACACACAGCGCCCACGGCCCCGGGUCCUGCUCAAGGCACCGACCUUGGCUGAGAUGGAGGAGAUGAACACAUCUGAGGAGGAAGAGUCUCCGUGUGGGGAGGUGACACUGAAGCGGGACCGCUCUUUCUCAGAGCAUGACCUGGUCCAGCUCCGGAGCAAAGUGGCCUCUAGCCUGCAGCCACCCACUCAGCCCCAAGGAGGGUCGGAAUCAACCCGGCCCCGCGCAGGCAGCGUGCACACUUGGAGGCCAAGCACCCAGGAGCAAGGUCCCUCCCCUGUGAGUGUCCAGGCCCAGCCUGACCCCAGCUGCCUAUCACACAGUGGCCUGGGCUCAGCAGAGGACCAGCCAGAGGCUUCUGCGGCCCCAGACACCCAUCACCUGUGGCUGGAAUUCAGCCACCCUGUGGAGAGCCUUGCUCUGACUGUGGAGGAGGUGAUGGACGUGCGCCGUGUGCUGGUAAAGGCCGAGAUGGAGACGUUCCUGCAGAACAAGGAGCUUGUCAGCAGUCUGAGGAAGGGGAAGAUUUGCUGCUGCUGCCGAACCAAGUUCCCACUGUUCUCCUGGCCACCCACCUGUCUCUUUUGCAAGAGGGCUGUCUGCACUUCCUGUAGCAUAAAGAUGAAGAUGCCUUCCAAGAAGUUUGCACACAUUCCCGUCUACACGCUGGGCUUUGAGAGUCCUCGGAGGGCGUCAGCUACUAAAACUACACCGACCCAGAGAAGAGACGCCUUCCAAUCGCUUCAGGGGCCGCAGUGGCAGAGCGUGGAGGAGGCAUUCCCACACAUCUACACCCAUGGCUGUGUCCUCAAGGAUGUCUGCAGCGACUGCUCCAGCUUCGUGGCAGACGUGGUACGCUCUAGCCGCAAGAGUGUGGAUGCCCUCCACACCACGCCUCGCCGUACCCGCCAAACCCAGUCCCUCUACAUCCCUAACACCUGGACUCUCAGCUUCAAGUGA